AUGGCGUCUAUGUUUCGGCCGCCAGAAUCCGCCAAGAGUAACUCAAAAUCCCCGAAAUUGACUCUUCCAGCUACGCUAAAGCAGUCUUCGAGUGGCGAUGGAUCAUUACGCCUCGCAACAGCGUCCAAUGCUGCAACUCCGAACUCAUCAUCUUCAUCGCAGACUUUGACGUUCCCGCGUCCUGUCAUAUCGUCUUCGUCGUCGUCAUCACUCAACACACUGAAAAAACGGCCGGUGCCUCCCCCAAUACCGGCUCUGACAAUCCCCAACAGCGCAGGCGCAGCAACACCAGACAGCUCUCUUUUCACAGAUUCCAUGAGUAACUUGAAUAUCGAUGGUUCAACCACCGAUCACCAUUCUCGGCCAGCUUCCCAUGAUAGCAGUGCGCACGGAGGGGUGAAGAGGCUUGCUUCACCAGGCACAUGCGUGUUGGGCGACGUGGACGAACUCGAUGAAGAAAUUUGGCAAUCCGGCAUUGUUAAAGACCAAAUAGUAACUAUGGGUGUUCUGGGAGAAGGAGCAGGUGGAUCCGUCACCAAAUGCAGGCUCCGGCACGGAACCAAAGUCUUUGCGCUAAAGACCAUCGCCACUGUCAAUUCUGAUCCAGAAACAAAGAAACAAGUUUUCCGCGAGCUACAGUUCAACCGCAGUUGUAACUCGGAAUUUAUCGUGCAAUACUAUGGAAUGUUCACAGCUUCAACAAGCUCAUCGAUAUACAUUGCAAUGGAAUAUAUGGGAGGUAGGUCGCUGGAGGCCAUCUACAAACAUCUGCUGUCCAGAGGCGGCAGAAUCGGGGAAAAGGUUUUGGGCGAAGUCGCAGAGCGCGUCUUGAAGGGGCUCUCAUAUUUACAAGAGCGCAAGAUCAUUCAUAGAGAUAUUAAACCGCAAAACAUUCUACUUAACGAAAUGGGCCAGGUUAAAUUAUGCGAUUUCGGAGUGAGUGGAGAGGCCGUCAAUUCGCUCGCCACUACAUUUACAGGCACGUCUUUCUACAUGGCCCCCGAACGAAUCCAAGGACAACCAUACAGCGUGACCAGCGAUGUUUGGUCGCUGGGGCUAACUUUGUUGGAAGUUGCGCAGGCGAAAUUUCCAUUUGGCUCCGAGAAAGUGACCGCUAAUAUGCCGCCAAUUGAGCUUUUAAUGCUAAUUUUGACGUUCACUCCGGAGUUGAAGGAUGCGCCGGAACUCAACAUAACGUGGAGCAAGUCCUUCAAGUCUUUCAUUCAGUACUGUCUGAAUAAAGACCCUCGUGUCAGAGCAUCUCCACGUCAAAUGCUGCAGCACCCGUGGGUGCAGGGCCAGAUCAAGAAAUCCUGCAACAUGCGCAAGUUCAUCGUUAAAUGUUGGGAGCAGUCAGAGGCUUGA